AUGGCGAAGGACGCGCAGGAUGCGGAGGACCAGCUGUUCGAGGUGCGCAACAACUUCUUCCUCGGUGCCUAUCAGAGCUGCAUCAAUGAGGCUCAGGCCAAAAAUUUAUGUAAUUUCGAGGAUGUAUUUCUGCGGAUUUUUCGAUCAAUGUGCAUUAAUGUGCACCUGAAAAAUGAGGCUGACAAGUUGCUCAAGGAUGUGUUCAUGUACAGAGCGUAUAUUGCGCAGAACAAGCCCAGUUUGGUUCUCAGUGAAACUGAUCAGCAAACGGCGCCAGCACCACUGAAAGCGCUUCGUUGCUUCGCCGAUUAUAUGGCCAAUCCAGCGAAAAGGUUCCUUUCAAGUAAUCUAAAUCCCUCAAACAGCACUCAUAUCAUGCGUCCAGAAUUGCUAAGCAGAAGUUUAUUUUUUUUUCAGAAUUUUGAGGAAGCAUUACGUUUGCUCGCUCAGACUGAUUCGUUGGAAUGCAAAGCGCUGACGGUGCAGUGCUUGCUGAAGCUCGAUCGAGUUGAUCUGGCAGCAAAAGAAGUGAAAAAGAUGCAACAAAUCGACGAGGAUUCCACCAUUACGCAGCUGGCGCUCUGUUGGGUUAAUAUGGCACUUUAUGGAGCAACGCCACUGCUUCUGGUCGCUCAAUCAUCUAGCCUAAUACAGCAACAAAAAUAUGAAGAGGCGGAGAAGCUGCUUUUGGAAGCACUUCAGAGGGAUGCUAAUUAUGCAGAAGCAGUCAUAAAUCUUGUAGUGGUGAGCCAGCAUCUCGGAAAAGCUCCUGAGGUAAGCAGCUUUCUUAAAUAUCGUUUAUUAUUUGUUUUUUUAAAUUCAUUUAUUCUUCAUUACAAACACAUUUUACACUGAAU